GUCGACAUGAGCGGCCACUUUGACGACGACGUCCCUCUGGAGAGGGCCGAGAGGAAAGGCAGCAAGUCCCCCACGCUGCUCUCCUCCUAUUGCAUUGACAGCAUUCUGGGCCGCCGCAGCCCGUGUCGGGUCCGACUAAUAGGCGCGCUGCCCGGGAGAGGGGAGCUCGACAAGGCGACGGAGGGGUCGACCAAAGAGCUUUCUCUAACGGCUGACAUGCACCUGCCCCCGAAGUUGCGUCGCUUGUACGGCCCGGGAGGCAAGUUCCUCCAGGAGCAGGCGGACAAGCUGGAGCGCGAGCGGCUGCUCCUGGAAGGUGCCACCGAGAGCCUCAAGAUCAUCCAGGCUCCGCAGGUGAGCAUCAGCCGCAGCAAGUCGUACCGGGAGAACGCGUCCCUGAGCCGGGCCGAGGGCGAGCGCAGCCCCGGCGAGGGCUCGGAGGACGGCGGCGCCUCGGGCCUGGUGGAGCUCGGCGCCUUAAAGUUCGACGAGGACGCAGUGAAGACAGAGGAGGAAAGCUGCGGGGAGGCGACCGCCGGUCUGUCUCCCAAAGACGAGGAGAGGGAGAGCUUGAACGCCGGGGAUGGGGACGUGAGGGACGGGGAGGACAGCGUGUGUCUGUCGGCGGGCAGCGACUCCGAGGAGGGCAUGAUGAAGCGCAAGCAGAGACGAUAUAGGACUACCUUCACCAGUUACCAGCUGGAGGAGCUGGAGAGGGCUUUUCAAAAGACGCACUACCCCGACGUCUUCACCAGGGAGGAGCUCGCCAUGCGUUUGGAUCUGACCGAAGCCCGAGUGCAAGUGUGGUUUCAGAAUCGCAGGGCUAAGUGGAGGAAACGUGAAAAGGCGGGUGUGCAGGCUCACCCGCCCGGCCUGCCCUUCCCCGGCCCUCUAGCGGCAGGUCAUCCUCUCAGCCACUACCUGGAGGGUGCCCCCUUCCCACCACACCCGCAUCCCGCGCUAGAGUCGGCGUGGACGGCAGCCGCCGCCGCCGCCUUCCCCGGCCUCGCCCCUCCGCACCACAACGGCUCGGCGCCGACCCUCGCCACCCCGCUCGGCUUAGGCACUUUCCUGGGCACGGCGGCCAUGUUUCGCCACCCGGCUUUCAUCGGGCCCACUUUUGGCAGGCUCUUCUCCAGUAUGGGUCCUCUGACCAGUGCUUCCACCGCGGCGGCCCUCCUGCGACAGCCCGCCCCCCCGGUCGACAGCGCUCACGCGGGCCCCAUCCUCCCGGACCCGAACCCCUCUUCCGCCCCUUCGUCCGUAGCCGCGGCGGACCGCCGGGCCUCCAGUAUCGCCGCCCUGCGCCUCAAGGCCAAGGAACACUCGGCCCAGCUCACCCAGAUCAACAUCCUCCCUCCCGGCGCUGCAGGGAAGGAGGUGUGCUGAACAUCAAAGCCUCCCUCUUCCCAAUCGACGAUUCCCCCCAAACCCUGCUCCCCUUAAAAAAAACGCUCCAAAUAUUGGAGCCCUUUGACCCACCCCCAACAAAAUAGCACGACCAAAGUCACACAAACACGAAAUAAAACCCGAGACACACUGAAUAUGAGUAACAAUGUCAAACUCUCUGGCCAUAACAAUCUAAUGAGAUCCAAAACCAGAAAUGUAUUACAAAAACCGCCUUAAAAAGGAUAACGCGAUUUCAAAUGUGAUACUUAAGCUAAACAUGAAGAUUUUGGUGAAAAAAAAAAUAAAAAAAAUCUUGAAAUUUUAAGUUAUCCAAUAAUGUAUCACACGUGCGUGUCAGACAAUUUUGAAAUUUGGCCAAAUCGGUUGUCUCCGAGCGGAACUUCAAGUCACCUGAGUGUUUUCCGCCAUAUAUUUUUUCAUAUUGCUCAACACUAAUUGAAUGUGAACAUUACAGUUCUAAAGGCUGAUUAUUUUUAUUCAGCUCUUAUUGUCAAUCUCAACUGAAUAAUUUCACACAGCUCUUGUUGUGGAUCUCAAUAAAUUCAGCCAUGACCCAAGAACUUUGCCCAUGUUGACCAUACAUACGUGAUGAACCCAAAUUUCUUCACUAGUUGCAUCAUCAUUUUUGCCCCAGAGACGACCAAAGGUUCUCCCACCCUCAUUCAUUACAAUUUAGGUAAUAAAUCCAUAUUAGUUACUUCUGCUUAUCUUUUGGCCAUGUGUGUGCAUAUAAAUUUCAACAGGAGUAGAAUGUUUUCCCAAACAAAUGGAUGUCACAGGAAAGCACAACAUAGGCCAUGCAACAAACUCCAAAACUAAAAAUGUAAGUCAUAA